CAAGCCUCAGAGAUCACCACACACAGCAGCAGCACCACCGCCACCGCCACCGCCACCACCAGGAAGCGCAGUAGUCGACGCAGCUGAGCCAUGGCCCGCCGCACGGCCCUCAUCCUCGCCGCGCUCCUCCUCGUCGCACUGGCCGUCGCGCCGUUGGCCAAUGCCAAGAAGGCCGCCAAGGAGGAGAAGUCCUCCGACGCCCCCUCGGCCGACGCGCCGGCCGCCGACUCGCCCGCGGAGGGGCCCUCCGACGGACCGGCGGCUGCCCCCGGGCCCGAGGGCAUCGCCGGCCUCUCGCCCGACAACGACGACAACGACGACAAGUGAACCCGAGUGCAUGCCCUUCUGGAAGGAUCCGCUCCAUGCUGACCAGAUCGUCCGCAUGGAUUUUAGUUUCGAGACAAUAAUAAUAAUAAUACUGCUACGUGUAGGCCUGUUGCCCUGCUAGGAGGAUGCCGUCGUAAUUCAAAUUUUGGUUUUUCCGUCUUUUCAAGUGUUAUUAUGAGCCGUGUUCCUUAAUUCGUGUUAUUUGUAAUAACAGCAUUUACUGAGUCAAAUAUUUCUGUGUUACCAUAUA